AGUUUGUCAACUUCACUUUGCUUUUGGUUAUUUAUUCGUGAUUUAUUAUUAUAUUAUUUAUUUGUUUUUAAUGCAUUUCGAAUUGUAUUUGCAUUAUUUAAACUGUCUGUCUGGUAUUUUGUCUUAAAUACAUUAUAAAGAAUAUAAGUUUAUAUUAUAUAUAUGUAAAACGUCGGUCAAAAUGCCAAGUCAGUACGAAGAGGAACGCGUUUGGGAAACAGCGAAUCAUAUGCAAUAUGAAGAAGAAGGCGGUGAAGAUGUUAUUGAGAACCCUGAAGAAGUUCUCCAGGAAUGCUUGGAGAAGUUUAAGACUCCCGAUUACAUUAUGGAGCCAGGAAUAUUUGGACAACUCAAACGGUACUUUCAAGCUGGGGGUAAUCCGGAGCAAGUCAUAGAACAGUUAUCAAUCAACUACAGUGCAGUUGCUCAAAUGGCAAACUUGUUAGCUGAAUGGCUUAUAUUGGGAGGUGUUAAAGUAACUGAAGUCCAGGCUAUGGUUGAGAAUCAUUUAAAAGAUAUGAUUUUAAAAACAUUCGACCCUAAAAAAGCAGACACCAUCUUUACAGAAGAGGGUGAAACCCCAGCAUGGCUGACGGAAAUGAUUGAACAUCCCACUUGGAGAUCCCUGAUUUACAGAUUGGCUGAAGAAUAUCCUGAUUGUCUGAUGUUGAACUUUACUAUCAAGUUAAUUUCCGACGCAGGAUUCCAAGGGGAAAUUACAAGCAUAUCUACAGCUGCACAACAAAUUGAAGUAUUCUCGAGAGUCCUCAAGUCUGCUAUAGUAGGAUUCCUUCAAAGUUCAGACGAUUGGCAGAACAGUGUAAAUGAAUGUGCUAAAAUGGUGUGCCAUGGUGCUCAUACUUAUGUGUACAGCCAAGUGAUUGUGCACAUCUUAUCUCAAGAACCAAGAGGAGGGGCAAUCAUGAAGAGAUUGAGCCAGGAAAUAACUCGUUGUGCCCAACAAAGCGGGCACGACGUGACGCCGAUCACGCUGGCGCUGACGGCGGGCGAGUCGUGGCGCCAGGCGCGCACGGCGCUGGCGGCCAUGCUGUCGCGCGGCGCUCUCAACCCCGCCGACAUCUCCGCGCUCUUCCGCGUCUAUACGCAGCCCGACCCGCCGCCCGUCCAUCUCAUACGCAUCCCGCAGUUCCUCGAGCUAUUAGUCGACGCCCUAUUCAAGUUGGGCAGCAAAUUGAACCCGGAGCACAAGUCGAAGUACAUGUACCUGCUGGCGUACUCGGCCAGCGUGUGCGAGGCGGCGGGCGGAGGCCGGCCCGCCAAGGACGAGCUCAAGGCCACGGUGCAGGCCAUCGAGAAGGUGCACGCCGUCUGCGGCAGCUCCGCCAGCUCCAGCGAACUCAUCGCGGAGCUGCCCACGCUCUAUCAUUGCAUAAGAUUUCCAGUGGUCGGUAUGGGCGUCCUCGUGUGGGUGGAAUGCGUGGUGACUGAGCCGUCCUACUUCAAACUGUGUACGGAACAUUGUCCGGUGCACUUGGCACUGCUGGACGAAGUGGCUUCGUGCCAUCAACUGCUGCACCACAGACUACUCAAGUUAUUAGUGCAGUUGUUCGAAUCGCCGCAAGACGAACUAGAAAUUUUAGUACAGCUAGAAUUAAAAAAGAUGUUACUAGACCGCAUGGUGAACCUGCUGAGCCGGGGCUGCGUGGUGCCCGUGCUGCGCUACGUCAAGCAAUGCUGGCAGCGCGGCGACACGGAUAUCUCGCUCAUACGAUACUUCAUUACUGAGGUAUUAGAUGCGAUUGCGCCGCCGUAUACUCCAGAGUUUGUCCAGCUUGUGUUGCCCAUGGUGGAGAAUGAAGAGAUCACGGGGACCAUGCGUGCCGAAGGCGAGAAUGACCCCGUUUCUGAGUUUAUAGUUCAUUGUAAAGCUCAUUACUUCGUGAGUUAAGAAGAAAACUGUGUCGGUGGACAAAUUUAUUUCAUUGAAGAAGUGAAAAUGACUGCAGUGCUUUAAAAUUAUUCUUAAAUAAAAGUAUAUAUAGUAUAUACAAUACAUGUUAUAGGAAAAAUCUUAUACAUUUGUUUGUAAUCGUAAAAAAAAUGCUCCUAUCAACUGUACCAUUCAAUGAGAAUUAACAUCUAUCAAUAUACUAUACAGUUACAAGCUCUCGCCCGCGGAUCCAACGUGCCAAAAAGUAUUCUAUCACAACCCUGGACUUUAUUAAUUACCUACUAAUUCCAUGAUCACAACUCACACCCAAUCAAACUAUCAACUACCACCAUAGGUUGAAAAACCAUAAACAAAUGGUGAGCACCUGAGAUAACAGAACUAUUUCAUACAAAUGUAUGUAUGUCUAAUCAGUAAAACGCUGUAAAGGUCAGGGUGCGAAUAUUCAUUCAGCAGUUCUGUUUGAUCGAAAUAGAAAAUAUGACGCUGUCUAUAGUUUCCAGUCUACAAAAAAACACAUUAAUUGCUCCAUUUUAGAGGUAAUCUUUCCGUCACAAAGACUAAACAGCUGGGCCAAUUUUGAUGAAAUUCGAAAUUUAAUUAUUGACCUGAGGUCACACAAGCUACCGCGGGCAAAAGCUAGUAAUUCAUAUUUUUAUAUACAUCGACUGAUAAGGGAUAAUCUAAAAUGAUAAUAUUUUGCAGAAUAAAUUGUUAUUAUUACUUAAUGAAAUAAAUUAUGUAUACAAUUUAAGAACUCUGUUCUUGUCGAUGGAUUAUUCACUAUUUUAAUUUACUUAUAUUGUCUACGCCAGUACACCACAACACUAGGCACGUCCCGCCCGAGAAAAAUAUAAUUAUCUAAUCCUUA